UUUUAUCAGAAAUAUUGUCGCCAGGACGAUCAUUUUAAUUAAUCCAUAUUAUUUACGUUCGAAAGUAAAAGCAUCAGGCCUACUUACUUUGAGAAAUCUUUGAACAUGUUGAUUUUACGUUUAUCUUCAAGAUUUUCCCAGUUCCUCAGGCCUCAAAUCAGUUACACGGCAGUUAAGAUGACACAGUCACGGGGAUAUGCUGAAGCUCAAAUGCCGCUUACUUUUGCUUCUACUACCAAGGUAUUUUAUAAUCAGUCAGACAUAAAGCAAGUUGAUAUACCAUCAUAUAGUGGUAGUUUUGGUAUUUUACCAAAUCACGUUCCAGCCAUUGCCAUGCUAAAACCUGGUGUUGUAACAGUAUAUGAACAAGAUGGUUCAUUUAAAAAAUUCUUUGUAAGUAGUGGAUCUGUGACGAUUAACAAUGACUCGUCUGUACAAGUUUUAGCUGAGGAGGCUGUUCCAGUUGAAAACCUUGAUCCUCAGGCAUGUAGAGAAGGCCUCCACAAGGCUCAACAAGAUCUUGGAUCAGCAACCACUGAUGAAGCAAGAACUGAAGCUAAUAUUGCUGUUGAGGUUCAUGAAGCAUUAAUAAGAGCAGUUGAAUGAAAUAUUUAAAUUACAAAAAAAUACCUAGUCACUCUUUUCAAAAAGCUUAGCAAUGCAGAUAACAAAAAAAAAUGUUCUUCCUUAUAGACAUUGAAUGAAAACCAAUUUUGUGGAGAAACUCCAGGUUGUGUAGUCUCAUUUUAUUAAAAGUACAUUGUUGAGUCUUGUUUUAUUAAAAGUACAUUGUUGAGUCUUGUUUUAUUAAAA